CUAAGUCGACAACGAAGCAGCAGGCUCUGCACAAAUUUUGAUCAGGGUUUCAAUUGAGGUCAGCUUCUAAUUUGCUGGGUGUCUCUUCCAGAGCACAGCAUAUUGUAAGAUGGCGUUUACGAAGGAAACCGCCUCCAUUGGCAUCAUUGGGAUGGGAGAUAUGGGCAAGAUGUACACCCAGCGGUUGAGUGCCGCAGGAUGGAGGAUAAAUGCUUGUGACAAACCCGAUAGUUUUAAUAAUUUGAAGCAAGAAUUUGAAGCCUAUAGUGGCGUAACAAUAUAUCCGAAUGGACAUCUUGUCUCCAGGAUUAGCGAUUUCAUACUUUACAGUGUAGAGGCCGGCGUCAUCGAUAAAGUGGUCGCAGAGUAUGGGCCCUCAACAAAGGUCGGCGCUAUUGUCGGUGGGCAAACAUCCUGUAAAGCCCCUGAGCUCGCAGCUUUCGAUAAACAUCUUCCGCAGGAUGUAGAAAUCAUCUCAUGUCACUCACUACAUGGUCCUCAAGUGAACCCGAAGGGCCAGCCUUUGGUUCUUAUACAACACCGUGCAAAAGACUCAAGUCUCCGGUUCGUUGAGGAAGUUUUGUCUUGCUUUAACUCGAAGUAUGUCUACCUCAGCGGCGAAAUGCACGACCGCAUCACAGCAGAUACCCAGGCCGUCACACAUGCAGCCUUCCUCAGCAUGGGAACAGCAUGGCAGGCGAACAAACAAUUCCCGUGGGAGAUCUCUCGCUGGGUUGGUGGAAUCGAGAACGUCAAGAUCAACAUCACGUUGCGCAUCUACUCGAACAAAUGGCACGUUUACGCGGGCCUGGCGAUCCUCAAUCCAGCCGCUAAGAAGCAGAUACGCCAAUAUGCAGAGUCCGUAACAGAGCUCUACAAGCUCAUGAUUGAAGGGAAGCGAGAUGAACUUAAACGCCGAGUUAGGGCUGCGGGUGCAGCAGUAUUUAGGGACGGUACGGAGAAACAGGAUUUGCUGCUCAGCGAUGAGGUUCUUGACCGAUUUUCGCUGUCAAAGGGGACCCGCGAGUCGUCUCCGCCGCCGCCAAAUAAUCAUCUCAGUUUGCUAGCUAUUGUGGACUGCUGGUCGAAAUUGGGCAUCGUGCCCUAUGACCAUAUGAUCUGCUCGACUCCGCUAUUUCGUUUGUGGCUUGGAGUAACGGAAUAUCUGUUUCGAAAUCCAGACCUUCUCGACGAGGCCUUGGAUACAGCAAUCGACGACAAGACGUUUAGGUCUGACGACCUCGAAUUCACAUUUGCGGCUCGCGCAUGGUCUGAUUGUGUUUCAUUUGGAGACUUUGAAUCGUACCGUGACCGAUUCGAGAGAAUCCAGCAGUACUUUGCUCCGCGGUUCCCUGAUGCCGUCAAGCUUGGGAAUGAGAUGAUGAAAAGAAUUCUGGAGAAGACUAGCAAUGAGAGUUCGUAACGGUGGAGGACCAAGUAUGUAUUAUCGUCGGAUGCUCAAGUGAGGUCUCUAGACCUCCCUACGCAAUAGUUUGACAACUUG